AUGAGUCCAUUAUUUCAACAUCAUGAUAUAUUGACUGAAUCAGAUUUACAAUUUCUUAGAUUGGCAUUAGAGAUAAAAGACAUAAAUGAUGUAAGAUUAUUAGAACAAAUUGAUGUUGACAUCACAAAAGAUCUUCUACCAUGGACUACUCAAGUGUCGAUUUCUCUUGACCAAGCUCUAAAUACCAGUUCAUUUGAUAUUAAGACUAUUUUCGGCAACGAAAUUUACGAAAAAAGUUUGCGAAAUGGAAUUCCAAAUUAUUUAUUUUUAUAUGACUGUUUAUACCAAAAGUUGAUUGAAUCUGGGGCUGAUCCCUUAUCUAUUUACACCAACCCUCUGCUUUUAAAAUUUGAGAGGACUUUUGAUAAUUUUAACCGCAACCGUCAAUAUAGAAUGGAGACUUUACUUCAAAACUCCAUGGCGCAACAAAAACAACUAAAUGAAGUAGGCGAAAUUAAGGAUGCAUCUAAAUUUAAAUUAUUGAAUAAUGCUACAAAUUUUGUCUUUUCCCAUGGAAAUUCGAAUCCUUUUGCACAACAACUUUUUAUUGAUUGGACUUCUUCUUUAGAAAAAAAUUUAAAUAUUAUCCUGAAUGAUAAAAAUGUAAAGACAAAAUCAGCUACGUAUGAUUCUAAUAAGUCUCAAAGUGAUAACAUUUUGGAACUACCAGGAUAUUCUUUUACAUCUCUUAAGAAAGAACUUAAACGAUUCCACUAUAUAUUUUCUGUGUUGGAUGCUAGGAAUUUAGCGAGUAUUUUAGCAUUAGAAAUGACGAAUUUCACACUUACAUCCAUUUCAACCAAUUCUCAUGAGAACAGUUCUUCAACAUCUACUCAAUCUCUUACAAGUGUUGCCAAGAGUAUUGGAGAGUCCAUUGAGCGUGCUUUUAGACAAAAACAGAUACAAGAAGUUUCUAAGAAGCUAGAUACAAAGUCAAAUGAUUCUGCAAAUUCUCAAAUUGCUGAAAUCUUUUACCGAUAUUCUUCCCUUUCUCCCGAAACAAAAAAAAGAGUAUUUCGAAAAUCGUUAACAAUGUCACCUGCUGAUCGCAUCUCAUUGGGUGCCACCUUUGUAACUCUUGCAUUAAGAUUUUGUGAUUUCUCUGUAAAACAUCCUAAUUCAGGGAAAAUAGUUCGAAAGCCUGCAUUUUGGCAUACAUACAAGUUUCAUAAAACGAAAAUGAUUGGUGUUAUUAAAAUUAACGAGUUUUUGGUACUAGAAUUUUCUAGAAAUCCACCUUCUAAUAGCUCUAAUUUAUUUUCCACAUCUAUGCUUUCUAAAGCCCCCCCAAUGCUUGUUAAACCUCGUCCUUGGACUUCCGGUCUUUCGGGGGGUUAUUGGUUUUCACAACUUUCAUUUUUAAGUGCAAGUGCAGGUGAUGCACCUGAACAAUAUUCUUACAUCAAUACAGCAAUGAAAUAUAAUUAUAUGGACAGUUAUCUUUCAGCAUUUAACGUAUUAGGUGAAUGCGCAUGGGCCAUCAAUCCAAAUAUAUUGGAUGUAAUUUUACAGAUUUGGAAGUUAGGAAUUUCAUUUCUUGAAAUUCCAGGGCGUCUUGACUUGAAAGAAAAUAAAAAUAUUGAGAUGAAAAAACUCUCUAAAGAUGAUUUCAACCAGUUGUGUGAACGAAUAUCCUUAGAAUAUAUUGUUAAUACAGCAGAGUUAUUUGGCAAAAAUGGUGAUCGAUUUUAUUUCUCAUACAAAAUAGAUUUUAGAGGCCGGGUUUAUCCUCAAACAAACUCUUCAUUUUGGCAUAUGGGUCCUGAUCAUGUUCGCUCUUUAUUCAUGUUUUGGUAUGGAAAACCUCUCGGUAAAAAUGGUCUAUAUUGGCUAAAAAUCCAUAUUGCAACUUUAUUUGGGCUUACAAAAUUACGUCAUGAGGAUCGCAUUAAAUUUGUUGAUGAUAAUUGGGAAAACAUUGUACAAUCAGUUCAAAACCCUCUAGAUCUUCAAAAAAUUAAAACAAAUUCUCUUUGGUGGACAAAAGCUGAUAAACCUUUUCAAAUGCUUGCUGCUUGUUUUGACCUGGUAUCUGCUGUAAAUUCUGGAAAUCCUGAGUCUUAUAUUUCAAGAAUAUGUGUAGCACAAGAUGGAACAUGCAACGGGCUUCAACAUUAUUCUGCUCUUGGCAGAGAUGUUCAAGGGGCUGUGGAAGUUAAUGUCAUCCCGCAACAUAGAAUUGACUCUAAAACUACCCCAGAAAAUACCUAUCCUAGAGACAUUUAUGGAAAAGUUAAGGAAAUUGUUGAUGAUCUUAUUGAAAAAGAUACCAAGCUAACUGGAAAUGACAAGACUGUCCAAGAAACUAAAGUAUUAGCUGAAGAGAUUUUUGGAAAGGUUACUCGCAAAGUUGUGAAGAGACCUGUGAUGACAAGUGUAUAUGGCGUUACAAAAUAUGGAAUAGUUCAGCAGGUGCUUGAAGAACUUAAAAAAAAUCCGGUUUUAAAUGAACAUAAUUUAAACAGUUAUUCUCGUUAUAUCGGGGAUAAAAUAACUGAGGCUUACUCUCAACUUUUUUUCAAUGCUCAAAAAAUACAAUCAUGGCUGGAAGAAUGUGCGGACAGAAUAUGUGAAUCGAUCCGCUGGGACAAUUUCGAAAACAAUGACUUUAAGAGCUCUAAUCACAGCUCUAAUCAUAAAUCUGGAUUUAAUAAAGAUUUUUUGAAAAAGUUUUUAACUUCAGUUAUUUGGACCACACCACUUGGUCUUCCUGUUGUACAACCAUAUCGUCAACCUAGUUCUUUAUUAGUGAGAACAGGUAUUCAAACUCUUUCAAUUGUCAACCCUUUUGAAGUGAGCUCUGUUAAAAAAAUGAAACAAGUAAAUGGUAUUGCACCAAACUUCAUUCAUUCUUUGGAUUCAACACACAUGUUAAUGACAGCACAAGCUAUGUCAGGUUCAAGAGACAAAAGCCAAAAUCAAAUAAAAUCAUUUGCUGCCGUACAUGAUUCAUUUUGGACACAUGCUGCUGAUGUCGACGAAAUGAACAAUGUCAUACGUGAAAAAUUUGUUGAUCUUCACUCGGAAGAUUUAAUUCAAAACUUAUACAAUGAAUUUUGCAUUAGGUAUGAUGGAUAUUUACAGCUAUGUUAUAUACUAGCAGACAGUAAUGCUGGAAAAGAAAUAACCAAAAAUAGAACCCAAAACAGCAAUUUUACAGUAGAUAAAACUGGUUCUCGACUAAAUAAUGAGCAGCUUUCAAAACUUGAAUUGGAAAUUGAUUACGCAAAAACUACCUUAGCCAAUCUCAAAACAAAAGAAGUCGAUUUGAAGAAUUCAAUUAAAAUUGAAAAGGAUCCUGAAAUCAAAAAACAACUGAAAUAUACUCGAAAGGAACAUGAGAAAAAUAUCAAGGAUAUCAAAUUAAAGAUCAAGGAUUCAAUACACGUACUAAAAUUACAAAAAGAUAUUUUGUCUCGAGAAAUAAAUGUUCAAAUACCUAAAGGUAAGCAGGAAGAUGGGCUUCUUUUUCAUGAAAUGAAUCAAGAAUAUUUCUUAUGGUAUAAACAAAAAGUCAAAGGACCAGAACUUAAUAAUGAUGAAAGUUCUGAGAAAGUUGUUACCCCUUGGGAAAUCAUUCAGAAAUAUAAAGAACCUGUCUAUCGAUAUCCCAAUAUCAAGUUUCCAUAUGGUGAUAAAUACAGUAGAAAAAAAAUUAUUUCUACAAAUGAGCAACACUCAGAAUCCAUCGGUGACUGUGAGGUGGAUAAAGAGGAAUUCAAUGAGCCUCUUAAUUUCCACAGCCCCGAUUAUGAUACAAAAAAAUGGAUCCGUGUGCUUGUUCCACUACAUAUACCAAAAAUCCCGGAAAGGGGGAAUUUUGAUAUUAAUGAUGUAAAAUAUAGCGAGUAUUUUUUUAAUUAA